AUGCAACUUGAGCUCAUCCAUUUACUAUGGAGGCCAAGAGAAAUACUCCUCUACAUCGACUACCACCCAAGAUACUUACAAGAAAGAUGGAGAGGAAGGCGAUUCCAAAAGCGCAUCAAGAGGAAACUGGUGGGAAGGAAAUCAAGAGACAAGAUAGUCUAG